GUCGGGACGGUAGGCACAUGCGCAAGAGUGCGUCCUCGCCCCCGCCUCCUCUUCAGCGCGGUCCCUGCCCGUCCCGGCUCUGUCACCUCACAGUAGUCGUUGCCCGUGGCGGGUGUCGGGGCGCGUGCAGCGCAGGGCCGCCUUUCCCCCGCCCCUCAGGCCGGGCCUGGGCUCGGUCCCCCGCUCCCUACGCUCCCCACCCCCGUCGGGUACGGGAAGGUCCAAGCUGCUACCGGGUGCCUGAGGGACUUCGUGGCCACCGCCGCCACGGGUCCCGAUGGAGCCGCCGAAUCUCUAUCCGGUGAAGCUCUACGUGUACGACCUGUCCAAGGGCCUGGCCCGGCGGCUCAGCCCCAUCAUGCUGGGGAAACAACUGGAAGGCAUCUGGCAUACCUCCAUAGUUGUGCACAAGGAUGAGUUCUUCUUCGGCAGUGGCGGUAUCUCCAGCUGUCCCCCAGGAGGGACAUUGCUUGGGCCCCCAGACUCUGUGGUUGAUGUGGGGAGCACAGAAGUCACAGAAGAACUCUUUCUGGAAUACCUGUCCUCCCUGGGGGAGUCUCUGUUCCGAAGUGAGGCCUACAACCUCUUUGAACACAACUGUAACACCUUCACCAACGAAGUGGCACAGUUCCUGACCGGGCGGAAGAUCCCUUCCUACAUCACUGACCUUCCCUCUGAAAUUCUAUCCACCUUUAGGGCAGCCAGGAGUGCCUGAGGAAUGUCACAAGUAUCCCACCUGGGGGGAGGGGCGUGUUUGCUAGUUUGCGCUUUGCCCUCAGCUUGCCUUAUGCUCCCUCAUCACCAGUGCCCAGAGACCCAAGGACCAGAUCUGGAUGGAGCAGGAAGAGCAGAUCGAGUUGGGUUUUCCUUCCCGAGGAGGUGGUUCUGCUUGCUGUCAGUAUUCAAGAGAAAACAAACGCUUCUUGAGGGCAAGGCCCUUGUUUUGUUCUCUACAGUAUUCCCAGAAUCCAGAACAGUGUGUACCCCAACACAUUUGUUUAAUGAAUGAACCAAACUCUGGCAUAGGGCCUGGAAACAAACAAACAAACAAACAAACAAACAAACAAACAAACAGGUGUUUUCCUAUGGCCCGGGUUGAAUAUGGCUCCUCAGCAGGGCACAAUUAUUGAUCCUGUCUUUUACAUUUUUUUCUAUAUUUUGCUCAUCACGGAUUUUUUUGGCAUUAAUUUUUAUUUUUAAAAAAUAUUAAAUUAGAAAGAAAAAAAUUAAAACGCCACUUAUUUUGAUGUUUAUUUUGGUGUCCUCCUAAGUUUUUUGCCUGUGCAGGUAAUCACCUUACCUGUUCACUCUGGUCUCAGCCCGGCAGGCCUGCCAGGUUCUUUAUAUAGCCUUGGGUACAUCCCUUUUGUUUUUCCUCACCAAGUGGAGACAAUACCUUCUAGAGCUUCUGUGAGAAUGCAUGAAGAUAUGCAGUCAACUGUCCAGUGUGAUGGCUAGCACAUAGUAAGGGGGUCAAUAAAUAAUGGUUAUUCCUAGCUCACUGUUCAAGUCCUAUCAGGUGGGGAUUACGUCCCCAUUAUGUAGAUGAAGAAACAGUUCGGGAAAUGUGACUUGUCCAAGUCCUUAUAGUUAGCAGGGACCAAACUGCAGUUUUCCGGACUCUGCCUCGAGCGAUCUGAUGAGAACAAAGGCAAAAGGAAAUGUAGACAAAAUUAAAUUUCCUUAUAACCUGCAGCCCAUUGACAAAUCCUUGAGACAGGCAGAGUUUAAUAUUCUUCCUGGAAGUCCCAACUGUCUCAACAUUAAUGUUCUGCUACAGUAAAAAAAAAAAAAAAAAAAAAAAAAAAAAAAUCAUAGUUUGACAAUAGCAAGGCCUCUUAGAUCCUGAGAAUCUUCUUUAGCAUAUGAAAGUCCUUUUGGAAACUUCUCUUUGUUUUUACCUUCCCCAAAUCCCAAAGUAUAUAAUCAGUUACUCCUCACAACCCACUCCAGCUCUUUCUGCCCAUGGGUCCUAUCCCUGUGCUAUAAUAAAAACACAUGUUUACACCGAAGACAUCUCCAGAAUUCUUUCUUGGACUUCAGCUCCAAACGCCAACAUUUCAAACCAUACAGAUCUUCCUAGGGCACUGCAGCUACCAAGACAAAAAAACAAAACAAAAAACUAUCAAAAGCAUUGUGCACUGAAGUGCCACUCAUAGGUGUGUGGAUGUGUGUCUUUGCAUGGCCUAAACUGCCAGAGCUGAUCACAGGUGAUGAGGGAGCGUGAGGUAAGCUGAGGGCAAAGUAAAGCUGGCACACACCCCCUUCCCAGGUGGGAUGUGUAUUUAUUCCUUGGACACUCCCAGCUACCCAAAAACAGGAAAGGACAAAAAAACAAAUGGUUAAACAGAUAAGAGACUCCACCAGUUUACCAGAAAAAGGCAAUCCCAUCAAUGGCCUAAAGUCCAGGAACUCCCUGUUGUCAAUAUUAAUGCUUUGCUAGAGGGAAAAACCACCUUAAUUCAACAAUAGCUAGGCCUCCAGUAUGCCUUUAGCAUGUGAAAGUCUUUAGAAACUUCCUCCUUACUUCAUCUCCCCGACUCCAUAAAAGGGUCACUCCCCACACUCACUGUACAGCUCUUACCUGCCCAUGGGUCCUGUCCCUAUGCUUUAAUAAAAUUACCUUUUUGCACCAAAGACGCCUUCAAGAAUUCUUUCUUGGCCAUCAGCUCUGGACCCCACAAACCAUCACCCCCAAACUUCAUC